AUGGAUAUGUCUCUCCUCGUUCGAUUGGCCCUCACGGGGUUCUGGGCUUCAGCUGUUGCUGCUCAGAGCACCGUGACUGUCACCGAAACAGUUACCGAGUGUGCUUCGUCAUGCUACUCCAUCGUAUCUCAGUGUACCUCGACUGAGUACAUCGGCACCUCACUCAUCGAGCUUCCAACUGUAUCUUCGGCUACUCUGUCUGAGACUACUCCUAUUGGGACUACCGACAUUAUCUCUCUGCCCACCGUCUCUGGUACCUCAAUCUCGACCAAGUUUACCAACACUAGCGCUAUCACCAGCUCAUACACUUCUACUUCUAUCAUUGAGACCACCAUUGCCAUUUCGGAAUCUACUGGUGUUACCAUUGGGUCGAGCGCUCUCGCUGGUGAGACCUCGGAGUCGGAGUCUAGCUUGUAUGGAUACUCUACCCUGACCUCCGAGAGUCUUACAGAUAUCGAGACCAUGCCUACUGUUGUUCCGAGUGCCAACUCCUCUUCUUUUGCUUCUGGUACCACCAAGAUUACAACGGACAUCGGAACUACUGAAAGCUUCACAGAUGUUGAAACUAUUCCAACAAUUAUCCCUACCGCCAACUCUUCAGCUCUUGCCUCUGGUACCACCAAGAUCUUGACGACCGUUCGAACUACUGAGAUUUUGACCACUGUUGGAACUACUGAGAGUUUCACGACUGUUGAAACAAUCCCCAGUAUUGUACCCAGUGCCAACUCUUCAGUUGUUACUUCAGGCACUACUGAGAUUUUGACCAGCGUUGGAACUACUGAGAGUUUCACAAAUGUUGAGACCAUCUCUAGUGUUAUCCCCAGUGGCAACUCUUCAGCUAUUAUCACUGGCACUACCGAAAUCUUGACCAGCAUCGGAACUAUUGAGAGUCUCACAGAUAUCGAGACCAUUCCUACUGUUGUCCCAAGCGCCGACUCCUCUGCUCUUGCAUCUGGCACCACCGAAAGUCUCACAAAUGUUGAGACUAUGCCAACUAUUGUUCCGAGCGCCGAAUCUUCAGCUCUCGCAUCUGGAACUACCCAGUCCACUGAGGCAGGCGGAUCUUCUGAGGUCACUCAAGCUUCAACCGAACAACCUUCGGAGUCUGCCCCUGGUAGUACCGAGUCAGUGUCUACUGAGAGUACCAGCACCCAUGUAUUUGUUCCCGAAAAGAGUCGGUCGGUCGUUACUAGGGAGACUGGUACUUCUGUUGUCACUGGAGAAGCCUCCACAACUAUCUUGGAGUCGACUUUCACCAGCCAGGUCACUGUCACUGAGAGUAUUACUUCUGUAUACUCUGGCACCACCGACUCUACUGAGCUUCCAGCUACCUCCGAGGCAACCACUGAGAUCCCUGGAACAUCUUCUCAGGUCGAGGGUUCCAGCAGCGAGACUGACCAAGGCUCUAUGACAACUGAAGGUGUCACGACCGAAGCCACUGGUCUCACGCUGACAUCUUCUAUCACUCUCACUCGCACUGAGGCUUCAUCUGCAUCCGAGUCCGAGUCUGCUUCAGGGGAGACUACCCAAGUUGUUAUCUCGUCAUCUGGUACAUAUGUCUCUACUGCUUCUGAGACUGAGGUGGAAACUUCCAGCACUGUCGAGACUUCCUCUGCAGGUACUUCGGCUGUUAAAACUGAUUCGACCGCUAGUGGCUCCAGCCCCGAGACCACAAGCGCUGGAGUUUCUACCGGUACUACUGAAGCUGAAGAGUCGACCACUUCGGACUGCACAUCGACCCAGCAUACUCACGUCUAUGAGAACACAACUAUUGUCCACAGCACCGCUGAUGUGAGCGUCGAGUCGUCUGCUCUAGCUGGAUCUUUCACGUCGACUCUUUCUGGUGGGACGGUUGUUAUCUCCGCAACUUCGGAUGUCGUUGAGCAGACUACCUUUCCCAGUAGUGACACCGGAUUAUCGACCACUGUGGGAUCUGAGACUACCGGUGGUUCACCUGCCGGAGCUGAGACUACGUCUUCCUCCGGUGUAGCCUCCAUCGAGACAACCCUCGCUCAAUCCACUGCAUCUGCCCCAACAACAACUGUCACCAUCCCCUUGGAGCCAAGUUACCCUCGCAACUACGACUUCGGCUCUCCAAGCUCCGCAAACAACGGCUGGCCAACCUUUUCCUUCGAGUCAAGCGCCGAUGCAGUGACAGGUUUCUCCUCUUUUACCACCCUUACUACAAGCAAGGUUAGCGAUGCCGCUUCUGCUACUACCGGCAUCAAGGAGCCCGACUACGAACCUCCUGCUUACGAGCCCCCUUCGUACCGUGAGCCUGCCUACGUUCGCAAGCGCUGGGGUUUUGGAUGGUAA